UAAGCACUUCUGCCACUGCACGUGGAUUGCAUUACUGGAAGAGAUUUCGAAAUUAAAGGAUUAGGGAAACGCAUACUUGUUUUUUAAACAUAUAUGUUUUAGAAUUAACACUGACUGCACACCAGUUACUUUUGUGUUACACUGAUAGGGGCCGUUUAGAACUUCAGAUCAAAGCUAGACGCAGCGCAACUAAUAGAACGCGGGUGUCUCGAGACGCGUUUUUAAAAGUUGACGUUCUAAAACGAGACGCCGAAAAACAACAACAACAACAACACUCCGUUUUGCGCAUUAUUACUUCAGGAAAACAAUCGAAAAACAUCGCGGACGCAAAAACGUGUUCAGUGUGAACGGCCCCUCACUUUGCGCACAUUCUAUAUCAAUUCAUGUCGAUUUAGUUUAUAAAACACCUGUCUUGGACUUUGCCCACCGGCUCUGUCGAACAUUAAGAAGUUUCCUAGUGAUCAUUUUAUUAAUUUUUCCGAUCCAUUUAUAUUCCAAUGUCCGCCCUGGUCGCUGUCAUGGAAUCUCUUGAGUCUUCAGUCACCGAGUCCACCGAUAUCAUCAAACCUGACGAUCCCUUCUCGGGUCCCCUCAAAUCUAUCGCGCCCUGGAAUUACACCUUCCUCGCCUGUCUGAUGUUCAUAGUGACUUCACUGUCUCUCACAGAGAACUUCACCGUUAUGCUGGUGACGUUUAGAUAUAAACAACUGAGGAAGCCGUUGAAUUAUAUAAUUGUAAAUUUAUCCAUAGCUGAUUUUCUAGUUUCACUUAUAGGAGGCACUAUAAGUUUUUUGACUAACGCGCGGGGCUACUUCUUCCUGGGCGCUUGGGCGUGUGUGCUGGAGGGAUUUGCUGUCACUUUUUUCGGGAUUGUUGCUCUGUGGUCUUUAGCAAUCUUGGCAUUUGAGCGCUUUUUUGUCAUCUGCCGGCCUCUGAAAAAUGUCCGGCUGGGAGUCAAGCAUGCAGCUAUGGGUCUUGUUUUUGUCUGGACCUUUUCCUUCAUCUGGACAAUUCCGCCAGUUCUGGGCUGGAACAGUUAUACAGUCAGCAAAAUUGGCACCACUUGUGAACCUAACUGGUACUCGACUGAUUACUAUGACCAUACCUACAUCAUCACCUUUUUCACCACAUGUUUUAUCCUUCCUCUUGGCGUGAUCAUUAUCUCCUAUGGAAAACUAUUGCAGAAGCUCAGAAAGGUAUCGAACACUCAUGGAAGGCUGAGUAAUGCACGUAAGCCUGACCGAGAGGUGGCGAGGAUGGUCAUUGUAAUGAUAGUUGCGUACAUGGUCGGAUGGACACCUUAUGCAGCAUUCUCAAUUAUCGUCACAGCCUGUCCCACGAUACAUAUUGAUCCUCGACUUGGCUCGAUACCAGCCUUCUUCUCAAAGACUGCAGCUGUAUACAACCCCAUCAUCUAUGUCUUCAUGAACAAACAGUUCAGGAAGUGUCUGAUCCAGAUGUUUAAUGGAAAUGGCACCAGUCUGGACUCCACCCAUUUGAAUCAGACAUCAGACAAAGGGGCCAUCACUGCAACAGAAGAUAGCCACCUCGGAGAGAUGUCCAGCAUUGCUGCUCGUGUGCCCAUGUCCAUGUGCAACAUGGAGAAGAGUGAGGAUGAAGAGGAGGAAUCAGAGCAGAGUGGAAAUCGAGGUCCAAAGCAGCUCCCUUUAUCUGGAAGCAGAAUGUGUCCUUUGUAGAGAAGGACUACUCUGACUGAAAAGUAAUCUUGUUACGCAGUUUGCAUAUCUGCCCAGUAGGGGAGACCAGGGGUAAUUCCUAUAACCAAACUUUUAUUUUUAAAAUGUUCAUUAAUAAUUCACUGACUACUACAAAUCUAGCGCAAUAUUUUGCUAAAAAAACAUUUUAUGUGCCAAAAGUAACUUUACCACAGCCACUGUAAAAUACUGUAUGGUAGCUACUACAUUUACAUUUAUCAGAUGCUUUUAUCCAAAGCAACUUACAGUGCCCUUAUUACAGGGACAAUCCCCCUGGAGCAACCUGGAGUUAAGUGCCUUGCUCUAGGACAACAAUGGUGGUGACUGUGGGGAUUGAACCUUCUACUUACCAGUUCAGUGCUUUAGUCCACUAUACCACCACCACUCCUGUUUGUGGUUUCACUACUACCAACAACAGUGUGAAUAUCUGCUAACUAAAUCAUGUUAACUUUUAACCAACAACCUGCAGAUAAAAUGGGUAUUAGUUUGAAUUUAAAGAUAUCAAAACAUUAGAAAGCAGAGGAAAAAUACUGACAUCUGAAAACAAUUACCUGAUACAAUUGUCCCCGGUCUCCCCUACUCCACAAAUAGUCUAACCUGUAGUCUUACUAAAUCCCUAAACAUGCUGAGUGCAGUCAUUACCACUAAAGGAGUGCAUAUGUUAGAAUGUAUGGUUUGUGUUUACAUAUAUUCCUUUAUGUUGUGCCUAUGUGCAAUCAAGUCUUGUAUCUGUGUACUUGUCAGUAUUGCAUUGUACUGCCUUACCUUAUGAAAAUCACGUGAACAUGCAAACGAAGGAGACAGGCAAUAUAGUCCUGUAAUGUCCUCUAAGAGUAAACAAUGCACUCUACUCACUCCUCUCUCCUCUCAUGUGAAACAUAAUUUGUCAAUCCAGUAAUACUGCAAUAACAUUAGUCUAAACUAUUAACAUGCUCCAGGUUUUAGUUAUGUCAAAAAAAUGUGCAUGUUUGAGAAAUGCACCAUAUGCUAAAGCCAUUAGUAAAUACAACCCUACAGGCUUAGAUUCUCUCAAAUUAGAAUAUUGCUUCAGCGUAUCUGCUUUGCAGUAUAGUAAUAAGCCAUGGAAUUAAUAUAAGAUCACUGUCUAUUCAUUUUUUUGUUUGGAUUCUUUAUUGUUUAGAGUUGUUUAAUGAAGCAAGAGUGUUAUUAUAAUUGUAAUUUUAGUCAGAAUGUCUUAUUAGGCCAAAAUGUUGUUUCCUCAGAUAUUGAUGUUUAUCUGUGGCAUGCCAGUAAAUGUUUUACUUCUGUAUUUAUAUUUUGAUCAUAUAACUUUAAAUAAGGUUCCAUUUGUUAACUUCAGUUAACAACAUUAGUUAAUAAAAACUAACAAUGAACAAUACUUUUGUAGCAUUUAUUAAUCUUAGUUAAUGUUAAUUUCAACAUAUAGUAAUACAUUUUUAAAAUUAAAAGUUGUACAUGUUAACAUUAGUUAAUGCACUAUUAAAUGGAGUUAAUUAACAGAGGUUCGGGAGGAGCAUGUUCAUUUUAAUCUGAUAAAUCACAGCCAACAAGCAGGAGUAUAUAAGCCACUGCUUACCUGCUUCCUGUGACAACUCUCCUGACAUCCCACCUCCACCCCAUCUCCACACAUUCUCUAGAUUCAUUAUCUAAAUAAGUAAAGUCCGGGGGGGGGGGGGGUUAAUCAGGACUCAAGUCGAGUCUCGACCUCCAAGCCCUCCAGUAUACGGACAGCAAUCCAAAUACGUUUACUGCUUCAACACUUCAUUAACUGAGAUUAAUAAAUACUGUAAAAAAAAUCUAUUGUUCAUUGCUUGUUCAUGAUACCUAAUGCAUUUACUAAUGUUAACGAAUAGAACCUUAUAGAGUGUUACCAAAUCAUUUAGAUUUGGUAUCAUAUUUAAAUGAUCAGGAUAUGCCUUUGGAUAUAUAUAUAUAUAAAACAUGUCAAUGUUGUAGUUACAUA